AGGUAACGCCACCCUCUCUACAAAAUCCUCCACAAUCGGUAGACACCUUUUGCUGGGGAAACUGAGAACAAACGGACAGCAGGUAAAGAAAAGGAAGAUACCAUGGCAGCUGCUUCAGAUCAGAAGGUGGAGUUUGUGCGAACAAGCUACGGCAAGAACACAGUGAAGGUGCUGGUCAUCAGGAGAGAGGGCAGCCACCACUACAUCAUCCAGCUGAAAGCUGACGUGGAGCUCUCGCUCAAAUCACGCAAGGAUUAUCUAACUGGAGACAACUCAGACAUCAUCCCCACUGACACCAUCAAGAACACCGUCCAUGCCCUGGCCAAGCUCAAGGGGGUAAAGACCAUUGAGCAGUUUUCCCUGGAUAUCUGUCAUCAUUUCCUGACCUCUUUCAACCAUGUGCUGAGGGUCAAAGUUCAGAUGGAGGAGGCUCCAUGGAAAAGGUUGGAGAAGAAUGGGGUAGAGCAUGCUCAUGCAUUUAUCUACAACCCAGAAGCUUGUCGCUUCUGUGAUGCUGAACAGAAUCUCAAUGGCAUCCCAGUGGUUCACAGCGGGGUGAAGAACAUGACGGUGCUGAAAACCACCCAGUCUGGUUUUGAGGGUUUCCACCGAGACCGCUUCACUACUCUGCAAGAGACCAAGGACAGAUGUUUCUGCACCUCCGUCUAUGCUAGGUGGCGCUACAACAAGACCCAGGAUGUCAACUUUGAUGCUGCAUGGAAGUGUGUGAAGGAGACGAUAAUUGAGAAGUUUGCUGGCCCCUACGAUCGUGGAGAGUUCUCACCAUCUGUGCAGAAGACCCUUUAUGAAACACAGGUUCUGGUCCUGGAUCGAAUUCCUGAGGUUGAGGAAAUAGAGAUGGUCAUGCCCAACCAACAUUACUUCACCAUAGACAUGACGAAAAUGGGCCUCAGCAACAAAGAUGAAGUUCUUCUUGCCUUGGACAACCCUUCAGGCAACAUCACAGGCACAGUGCGCAGGAAACCGCAAGCCAAGCUGUGAAGACACGUACACAACUAGGAAAUGCUGCUGUUCUGAUCUACAUCUCAAUCUAAAAAAAGCUAUUUAAUAGAAAAGUCAAUCUAAUAAAGUUCUGAGAACAAAAAUUACCUUUUAAAUAUUUGUCAGAAUUACAACGACAAAU